AUGGUUCAUGAAUGUCUAUCAUCCUUAUUUACAAAUUCUGAGGCUUCAACAAUUGUAACAAUAAUAGCCCAUAAAUCAUGGAAAGACAACAAUAAAGGUGGAGGAGGGCUUAGAGUAAGAGAAUUCAUAUUCUGUAGUGAAUAACGAAUUGAAUCAAAAUCAACCAUAUAGUCUGUUGAAUAGAACCAUAACUAGAAAACUCAAAUAAAGAAAACAAGAAGGAAGAAUUCAAAGAAAAUAUAUAAUAAAGGUCACUGGACUCAAAAGGAACAUCGUUUAUAUUUGUAAUUUAUAGAAACAAAUAAAGAGAUAAUGAUGAAAUCAGACAUGAAAAAACAAGAGAAAAUCUUUAAACAAAUGUCUAUCGUCAUAAAGUCCCGAUCUCCUUCACAAUGCAGAUCCCAUCAUUAAAAAUUCAAUCCUUUUGAAGAUCAUGAUUGA